AUGGCUAGAGGACCAAGACACCACUUGAAGAGAUUAAAUGCCCCACAUCAUUGGAUGCUUUCUAAAUUAGGAGGAACUUUUGCACCAAAACCAUCACAUGGACCACAUGGAAUGAAAGAAUGUCUUCCACUUAUUCUCAUUUUGAGAAAUAGAUUGAACUAUGCAUUAAACGGAAGAGAAGUUACAAUGAUUGUUAAGAACAGAACAAUCAAAAUUGACGGAAAGAUUAGAACUGACACUAGAUAUCCAGUUGGAUUUAUGGAUGUUCUUUCUAUCCCAAGAACUAAAGAAAACUUUAGAUUAAUGUAUAACACCAAAAGAAGAUUUUGUUUAGUUCCAUUAACUGCUGAACAAGCAAAAUUCAAGUUAUGCAAAAUUGAAAAGAGAGUACUUGGAACUGGUGCUAUUCCAUACAUUGUUACUCAUGAUGGUAGAACUAUUAGAUAUCCACAUCCAGAACUUCAAGCUAAUGAUACAAUCAAACUUAAUCUUGAAACAGGAAAAAUUGUUGAUUUUGUUAAGUUUGAUAUUGGAAAUACUGCUAUGAUGAUUGGUGGUAAUGGUAUGGGUCGUGUUGGAGUUAUUGUUAAAAGAGAAGUUCAUCCAGGAUCAUUUGAAAUUGUUCACAUUAAAGAUGCUAAAGGAAACACUUUCACUACUAGAUUAAACAAUGUCUUUGUUAUUGGUAAAGGAACAGAAACUCUUGUUAAUCUUCCACUUGACAAAGGAAUUAAGAAACCAUUAUUACAACAAGUCAAUGAAACUAUUAAGAAGAACAAGAUGCAAAAGGCUGGUAUUCAAAAAGCAUCAAAGAAAAGCAAAACCACCACUGAAAAGAAAGUUACACCAAAAGCUGCUGUAGAAAAGAAAGAAGAACAAGUUGAAAAGAUUUAUAAGAAAUAUCCAAAGAAACAAGCAGCACCAAAGAAAUCUAAAGGAAACAAGAAAGUUGUUCCAGGCAAGAAAAUUGGUAAGAAAUAAAUUAAGACAAGUGGUUUUAAAUU